AUGAUGGAGCGUCGUUUGGCAACCGCGGCCUUCUCGCAUUCCUCCACUCGAAUGCUUCUAAGGACCGCCGUUUCGCUCGUCCAGCCUUGCACUCCUUCCGACCACCCUCAACAUCCCGGGCCCUCGGAUCGAUCACACGCCAGUUCUCAUCGAUCCCGGCCGUCGUUACGACAAGCCACAAGCUCGUACACGUACACCGUCGUGCCCAACACAGCGGUUCUCUCUCCCCAUGCUGCCGUCAUAGCGAAGCGCUGCCGUGAACAAUCUAUAACUCGAACGCAUCGGAUCCGGCUGUAUCAGAGGGCAGUUGAGACCAGAGAUGGAGCAUCACAGUAUGACAGCCUCCGGGUCUCGACAAGGCACGUCACGGCCGUCAUCCUCGGCUUCGAGUUCCGGCUUGCCAACAUUGAUCGCACCUGCGGCUACGGACAACGAGGAGGAAUCGAUCCAAAUCCAGAAACGACCUCGUCGCACACAUGCUCGCCGUUCGUGUCAGAUGUGUCAGCAGCGAAAAGCAAGAUCUCGUGCAUCGUCGACGACGCCGACAAGAGAAAGGCGAGGAAACCCCCAUCCCGAUCAAACGGCCCUCGUCCAAGCACCUCGCAAAAGCGUAUGCCCUCUGCCGCGAAUCGCCCACCCGUACGCAAGUCUUCCACGGGCACGUCUCUUUCCUCAAACGUCGGGGACGCCAACAGCAUCAAUAGCAUCGGCAGCAGCAGUGCUGCCGCUUCGGGUGUGCCCCUCCCCGACGACAACGACCUCAAAUUCGCCGGUGGGCGUGUCUUUGGCGACCAGAUCGUCUAUCCGUCCGAAGCCAGGCUAGCUCCGCGUACACCCGACUCUUCCUCCGACGAAGAUGAAGAUUCCUCACCUCCUUCCACCUCACGUCCGACAGAUUUCAGCGGUAGAAGGACAGCGUCAGCCGGACCCGGACCCGAACCUCACGUCAAGACCCAGGAUCGCAAUCCAAAAGACAGCGCCAACAUCGAUACGUGGGAGCGCUUCUCCACUCGGAGUAGACCCCUCACGCUGCUCACCGAGCUCGUGCCGCGUCAGAAUGGUUUCGCCUCCAAAGUGUUCCGCCUCGUCUCGGCGCGAGCCACCAUCGAGACCGACGUCAGCGAGAUUGUGUCGGACGAGAAAUCAAAACAGCUUAGCGACUGGUGCGAACACAAUUUGACUCUUUGGAUGCCCCACGUCUCCAAUGCCUACCAACUCCGUCAAGACGCCAAGCAAGGCAAGCAGACUCUUUCGACCCAGCUCCUGGAACAGGUGCUCUACGUGAUUGCCAUGCAGCACAUCCGCGAUCCUCGCGACGACGUCUCGCGCUUCUCUGUCACUCGUUUCAUCAUCCGUGAUCUGGCUCGCGUGAUGCUCACCUCGCCCCGCUCCAGCAAUGCCGUCGAAGCGCUCGAAUUGCUCGCCCUCUUCCCCGUCGAUGUUUCUGCCAUUCCAGGUCCUUCGCGUAACCGUAUCCGCACAGACGCCCAGAUCAGUGCCGCGGAACGUUUCGCUCGCUCAGUUCGACUCGACCGCGUCGCCUUGACCGCUGCAGCUCCCUACUCCUUCUUUGCUUCGACGAACCAGCUCGAUGAUUUCCAGACCAAACGCACAGCCAUGGCGUGGGCCAGCGUCAAGACCUGGUACAAUUGCUUUACACUUGGUGACGAUGAGCUCUACGAAACCAUCGACGAUCGCUUCUUUUCUGACGAUUGGAGCCGCUCGCUCAUACUUCCGCCACAAGAGACAUCAGCUGCACAGAUCGAACAGCCCGCCUCUACGCCGAGUUUGGAAAACGAGUUCUUCGCGCAACGACGCUGGUCAUCCCGGCGUAGGAUAGGUAGCACCGGUCUUGCGAUGCGAAGCCUCGCCAUGAGGCAGCUGCUCGACGCCUUUAACGCCAUCCGCACCUCUUCGAUCCAACGACCUGAACACGAGCGUCUCUCCCACAUGUCGAUGGUCCUUGAAGACUAUGAGCGUCGUAUCACGCAAGUCGACGAUGAGUUCCAGCGACGUCUGAUCGACGGCAAAGACGGUUGCAAGCUGCUGCGGACCUGGAUCACCAUCGAAACCACGGCUGGCCACCUCCUCGUGCUAAGCACUGGCAUCUACCGAGGUCUUGGCAUCGAAAAGAAGGAGAAUGUUCCCGGUCCCGAGCUAGCCAUGAUGAUGAUUGGAGAGAAUGCGUCCUUGGAGAUGCGAGAAUUCCUGACGCACUACGGCGAGCAUCUCAUCCUGGCCGCUGAAAAGGUCCUCGUGAACAUCAGCACGCUCUGCCGGGAUGCUAGAGAAGCAAAGUCCGCUCCCUCUACGGGCGAGGCUGCAGACACAAUGGAUCCCACCUCACGUCGUUGGAUGGUGGAUGGCCAAUCCCGCACAGUUUUGCCUAUGAUCAAUGCGUGCGGGUACGCGCUCGAGGCGGCUUUCAGCGCCAUGGAAAUGCACGCGACGAUGUUCAAGCUGUGGAAGACACCACCGAAACGGUCGGAAUCUUGGCAGCAGGUUUUCUCGGAUGUGAUCACGGCGAUGCUCUCGCUGGACCCGAGCGGUUCGAUUCAGAGUGGCAGCAUCCCUGCCACGUGUGCGUACAUCCUGCAGGGUAUGCUCAAGGUGAUCGUCGCGUGGACCGAUAGCAGCAGGCAGAAGGACCAUCAGAGGAACACGGCCUCCACACCUGGAACAGAGACGGCCGGUGCCCCUACACGUCACGUUCAAGAGUGCGCUAACGGCCAUUCAUCUCAUCAGCCGGCGGCCAGGCCACGCGCCAAUGUCGCAUCUGAGCUCGAGCGUUACUCGGCGUUGCUUACGGAUGAUGGCGCAUCACGAAGGAGCUUUGAUGCUGUGCAAGCGUUUGCUUCGGACGCCAGCGCGUCUCCGUCACGGCAGCAAGAUGUUUUCCGACCCCAUUCGACGGGCUCGAACGCCUCGACGUACAGCACGACGGCGUCCAUGUUUGAAGCGGAGGCGCAAACCACGUAUCAGUACAGCCAUCUUCGCGGAGGUCCUGCGGUUCAGCGGUUUGCGCCGGAUGCGACGGAAUCGCUAGCGGCUGCCCUUCCCCACAGCGGAAGUUAUCCAGGAGCGACCGGGUAUGCACACACGUCGCAGCAGCCGCUGCAAGCACGACCGCAACAGAGGAACCACUUCGCACCGUCCACACUGGGUGCGCCAGGCUCAUCCGGCGCAUCACCGCAUACAGAGACCGCAUCUGCUUACUACCAGAACGUCGGCAACGGUGUAGCCAUGAUGAACAGCUCGAGCAACGGAUCCGUGUUGAGCCAUGUCGACGCCUCGAAUGGUGCGAACAGCAUGGGCGGAGGCGGAGAUGUGCAGGCUUCGGAGGCGGGGUUGGAUUCGCUGGACUUCAUUCUGAAUGACGUGCUUGGUUCGUCCGAGUGGUCUGGCAUUCUGCAGGAUAUCUGGCGGACGGACAUUUGA